AUGACGAGGGAAACCACAAAAAAGUCAAAGAAACAUCAGUUAAACUCACAGAAUGACGAUGAGUAUGAUUAUAUUUCAAUUCCGCCUGAUGGUGGAUAUGGGUGGGUGAUCUUAAUUGCCUGUUUCUUGAUAAAUAUGAUCGUUGAUGGUUUUCUCUACGCAUUUGGAGCCAUUUCAAAAGAUUUACGAGAGCAUUUUCACGUUCAAGAAUGGGAAGUUUCUCUUGUGAUCUCUUUGGCAUGUGGCUGUUAUCUGUUGAGUGCUCCACUGGCAUCAGCUCUGUGUAAUAAGUUUGGAUGUCGUCCAAUUGGCAUAAUAGGAAGUUUUAUAGCCGCUGGCUCAGUGGCUGCAUCCAUCUUUUCACCAAACAUUUACGUAAUGUGGACACUUUUCGGCUUCGUUGGAGUUUCUGUCUCAACAGGAAUUGGUAUGGGUCUAAUUUAUUUACCAUCAAUUGUCAUGGUUGGUCUUUAUUUUGAGAAAAAACGGGCUAUUGCCACUGGGAUAACGGUAUCGGGUACCGGAAUUGGCUCCAUUACCUUCGGUCCUCUUUCGCGAUUUCUGUUUAACAAAUUGGGAUGGCAAAGCGGUUUACUCGUUUUAUCUGGAAUAUUAUUAUUUUGCGCUGUUUGUUGUGCAUUUAUGAGGCCACUUACACCGAAGCGAAAACGAAGAAUAUUAAGUGUAAUUGAACAUGCAAAAGUGGGAUAUUUAGAAACCCGUCAAGAGCUGUCGACUGAAGAGAUUCUAAUCCGUUCAUUUUGCAACGCUGAUCAGGCAACCCGUUUGGAAACACUUCCAAAACUGACAAAUAAGUUUUAA